AUGGAGUUUAGUAUUGUGUCGAGUUCGCAACUUCAGCCGAAUAUGCUGAUUUGUGGCAGUGCCAGCGGCGAUAUUUACGUCUUAGACGCUUUCAAUCCAGGUUGCAAUCUCAUAGGAAAGGAUAAAUUGGUUCGUUUUGCUUCAUCAAUGGCGAAUGGUGCUUCAGACGCAUCCACGGUCUACACGCCAUCAAGUGAUUUGGGAUAUCACACUGUCGAUGACCUGUUAGUAAAGCACCACAGUAAACUUUUCAAAGCUGGAGUUGUCUGUAUUGAGUAUCAUCCGCGUCUUCCAUCGCUUGUUGCCAUUGGCCUAGCUGAUGGUUCGGUGCGUUUGCUUUUCCUUGAACCUGAGAACCCUGAAAUGAGGAAAACUAAAUUUGCAUUAAAGUUUCAGAAAGCAGUAGACCAGUUACAAUGGCUAUUGGUACACUAUGACAAGGAUACAGAUCGUUUGACAACCCACGCCGUCUCCUUUGCGGACCGGAUAUGGAGCCGUAUCGUCAAAGCACCUUAUAUCUCUCUGCUAAUUGGUAGGGCAGGUGAUGAGGUUCUGUUCGCCGUAAUAGACAGGAAGAUCGAGAUUUUCAAUCUUUUCACUAGUUUGGUGGAGGAACAGGACACCAGUAACCAGGUACUCAUGGCCAACCCAGGAGCCCCUGGAGUUGAUCAUAUGGAUGCGUCUGCGUCUGUUAAAGGCUGUGGUAAAAUAGGGUUAAUAGCUACUGUAAAGUGGCCUCUCGCUGCCUAUUUCGAAAAGGAUAUUGAAUAUUCAACAUUGACCAAUUUCUGCAUAUUUCAUGAGGCGCUUUGCAUUGUCAAGUACGAUCAAGACUAUAUGUACUUACAUGUCUAUACCCCUGUUGUGACAGAUUACACUGUUAAAUUCACCAAGUUCGUAAAACAAUUUCGUGCACAGGUUACGGGCAUACCGGUUGCGAUCCAGAUUAGUCCGAAACAGUACAACCAGAUGUGGCGUUACCUUGCAACUAACAAUCAACAUCUGUUUAAUGAAAGAGGGGAGAAGUGUCUCACCGCGUUAGCGGAGUUUAUCGCAAUUGGCUCUGACCAGGGUUACGUCUAUACUACAACAAUGCUUCACAUCUACAACCGGGCACACGUUUCCAUAAGAGGGCCCCAAGGGUCGGUGGCUGUGGCCGAUGACAACUCAGCAGAUUACAGUUCAACCUGGCCACACACAGGGUAUCAAUCUUUCAACCAUCGAAUGUGUGAUGGUGCGAAUGGUUCUCUUGAUCAUAGCUGCGUCGAUAUAGAUAUGGCACCAUGUUUUGUAGGUGGUCCUGUACUUGGUUUAGAGUGGGCAUUACUAUGGAACGACUACACUCGGGAGCCCAAACUCGUGGAUCCAGAUGAGUGUUGCUGUACGGACGAUAUAACAUUCUUGCUCGCGGCGCGCAGCAAUCAUCACGUUGAGAUUGUGCGUCUCGUUAAAGAGAAUGCAAUACUUAGGGCGGAACUCUACCAAAGGAUACCUCUACAAUGUAGUGCCAUACGUUGGGUCGAGGAUACAUUGCCUAAUGACAUGAACCUCUUAAUGCCCACUCGUGACGGUAUCCACCGUCAAACGUUGGAGCGCAAUGUGCUUGAAGGGAACGGACCCUCAGUGCAAUGUGAACAUGAACCACGCUAG